AUGGAACCACUAGGGAAAGAACCAUGUCCAGAGACAUCAUUGCAGAGCCCAAAGGCAAACAAACAAGAAGAAGAAGAAGAGAGAAAAGAGAUGGAUCUCAAUCUACGUAGCAUGGACUCCAUUAAUGAUCAUAUGUUCAAUCCAGAACUCAACCUCAUUGAUUGCCUCAACAUGCAAAAUUCAACAGAAACUCCCCAAUUAUCCUAUCCCAGGCCGCGAGUUUUCUCAUGCAGCUAUUGCCAAAGAAAAUUCCAUAGUGCACAAGCACUUGGAGGACACCAAAAUGCCCACAAGAAAGAGAGGUUUUUGGCGAAAAGUGGACAGCAAAACAGCUACUACUUGGACAACCAUGAGCAUGGUCAUUAUUCUUGCAUGGCUUCACUCCCUCUUGGAAUUCAGGUUCACUCUAUGAUUCAUAAGCCACCUCACAUACCAAAUUCUUUUGGGGCGAGAAGUUUGUAUGGACACGGUGGAUGGUCAAGGCUGCCUAUGCACCAACGACCGGCGAUUGGGAACCUAGCCGCGGAGAGUUAUCAGGCCACUGUGUUGACAGGACCCUCGUCUCAAGGUGGUGUUGGUAUAUUCAAUACCAAGAGCAGGGUGAUGAGUUCUCUAUCAGAUGAAGAAAUUGGUGGCAAUUGGCGGGGAGAUGGUGAUGGUUUGAAUACUAAACAGGAUAAGUUGAAAAAGUUAGACUUGUCUCUCAAGCUCUAAGUUUCAUUUUUUUAGUAUGUCUUAUUUUGUGCCUUUGAUUUUUUCUUUUUCUUUUUCUUUUUAAAGGUGUCUUUGAUCUCUCUUUUGCUUCUUAAUUUUAUAAUUAUAAGUGUAUUGCUUAUGGACACACGGGCAUUAUUCAGUGGUUUAGUUAGUAAAGUGCUCCAACUACCCGUGUCCGAGUACUCUUUCCCCUAGUUUACAAAAAAAAAAAAAAAAAGAAAAAAGAAAAAAAGAAAAGAAAAAAAGGUAUUGCUUAUCGACAUAUAGGCUUAAUUUAUUUUGAGACUUAGUGCACACACAAAUACACAUUUAUGCAAUCGAUGGGCUCUAUCCAAGAUGGUACACGUUCCUCUCUUUGACCUAAAAGUGUAAGCCCAAAUUGAGCAAUAUAUACCCGUUGUAUUACUG